AUGAGCCAGGGGGCAGCUGGCACAACGCCCGCAGCUUCCAACUCGUCUAGCUCAUCCAGUCGCAAUGCGGUGACGGCAGCAGGCUCGUCCGGGGGCAAAAGGCACAAGAAGGUCUCGUCAGUCCGCUUCUUGCUUCUCAACCUGCUGUUUCAUGUCGUCUACAUCUCUGCCAUCUUCGAUAUCUACUUUACUUCGCCAGUGGUACAUCCCGAACCGCGCUUCAGUGUCAAGGGUACCGUACAUUCCGAGAGCAGCACAGACCAUCUGGAACCUCCGGCGGAGCGUCUUGUACUCAUCGUCGGUGAUGGCUUGCGUGCCGAUAUUCUUCUCAAGAAGCACACCGCGCAACUCUUGCCAGCAUGGUCAGUGACGCGGGAUGCUGCCUACAGUCAAGAUGGUGUGAUGGGCUCAUGGGUCUCUUUCGCAAAGGACCCUCUUCGACAACCGUAUCCGUAUCCUCUGGCGCUCGAGUCCAACAAAUCAACUCAAGGGAUGGGCUUGAUAGCUGGUAAGAUCCCGCAUGCAGCCUUUGCAGCACCUUUCCUGCGCAGCGUAGCUCAAAGUCGAGGCGUAUGGGGCCUUAGCCAUACUCGAGUGCCCACUGAAAGCCGACCCGGGCAUGUCGCGAUGAUCGCUGGCAUGUACGAGGACGUCAGUGCCGUUUUGAAAGGGUGGAAGCUCAAUCCGAUCGCCUUCGACUCGCUGCUCAACCAAUCGAGUCACUCAUUCGCCUUCGGCUCUCCAGACAUCGUGCCCAUGUUUGCCGUCGGUGCAGCAUCAGACCGCGUAGACAUGUCGACCUACCACGAAGACGACGAGGACUUCACCAAAGAUGCCUCGCACCUGGACCUGUGGGUCCUAGAUCGGUUCAAAGAGCUUCUUGGUAAGGCCAAAGACAACAAGGAGCUCGAUGCAAAGAUGCGCAGUCCAGGCACCGUCUUCUUUCUGCACUUGCUUGGUCUCGAUACCACCGGCCACACCUACCGGCCUUUCUCUCAAGAAUACGUUGGCAACACGAUUGUGGUCGAUGCUAUCGCUCGCGAGGUCGAGCGACUGGUAGACGACUUUUAUGGAAGAGACGGCAAAACUGCCUUUGUCUUUACAGCAGACCACGGCAUGAGCGUCAAGGGCAACCACGGCGACGGUGAUCCUGACAACACGCGUACUCCCCUUGUCGCGUGGGGGGCUGGAGUUCGUCGACCUCGGUCAGCGAACCAGACACAGGUCCAAGCGUCAAGAGCAGCGGCAGAGGACGAUGCAUACUUUGCCGACUGGCACCUGGACGAUGUUGUGCGCGCUGACGUGGACCAAGCCGACAUCACGCCGCUCAUGGCCACGCUGCUAGGCAUUCCUGUUCCAGCCAACUCGGAGGGCCGUCUGCGCCUCGACCUGCUCGGCCUCCCUGACGAGCAUAAAGCUCGCGCUCUGCUUGCAAAUGCACAGCAAGUGCUCGAGACCUAUCGAGUCAAGCACAACUCCCGAGCCAGAAGAAUGGUACGAUACACUCCCUUCGCGCCUCUGUCACAGCACAUCGAUGAAGCUCGCCCGGGCGAGACGAGAGUCGGCCAGAUCCAAGAGCACAUCGAGAAAGGUGACUUCGAAAUGGCUGUGAGGAUGAGCAAUGCGCUCAUAGACGAUGCCGUCGAAGGGGCACACUAUUUGCAAACGUACGACUGGCUUUUGCUCUGCUCGAUCGUAACAUUGGGCUACCUCGGCUCGAUGGUCCACGCCUUUUCUUACUUGCUUCGGAAUCACAUGCUGCCCGAAGAGGUAGUCGAUCGAAUUGCCGCUCCCACUCUUCCAAAUGCUAAGUCAUGGCCAAGCUUGCUCAAGAUAGCUGUCGCGCCCGUCUCAGGAGCCGUGUUUGCCCUUUUCGCGGCGCAAGAGAUGCCUUUCUCGUACUAUCUCUAUGCAGCAUUAGCCUUCUUCUUCUGGGGCCGCAUCAUCGACGAGCUUCCCCUCUUUUCGGCUGCAAUCCGCUACAUGUCCCGGGUAGAGGGAGGCUUCUCUGCAGUCAAGACGGUAUUCAUGCUGGUAUCCAGCUUGGCGAUUCUUGAGCUGAUGGCGGUCGGCUAUCUGCAUCGAGCAGCUUGGUUUAUCGGAUUCCUGUUGAUAGGCUUCGCUUGGCCAGCUUUCACACUGACUGCCGACUUCAAGUCGGACAACGAGGGACUCAUUUUGGUCUGGGGUCUGUCUUGUCUAGCGACUGGUCUAUUUACAAUCGGCGAUGUCAACAAGGAGGAAAGCAUCUUACUGCUGAUGCUCAGCGCUGGAGCGUUUCUUGCCGCCGGGCUCCUCGUUCUUUCGCGUCCUCAACUCUUCUUUCCAAGAGGAAGCGGUGUCGCUGCUACAGCAAAACUUCCUCACGACACGACUCGUCAAAACGAGAGGCAAGCCGUCGCCGACGAAGCAUGCUCGCUCCAUCUCAACCACACCCUUCGAACCAUUCGCGUGCAAUUGGUAGUGCUGGUUGUCACUGCCGUCACGACCGCCGUCUCUGCGCGAUCGCUCCAACUCAAGCGAGGCCUGCCCUUUGCAACGCAAGCUCUGGCCUGGAUCUGUCUCGCGAUCAGCCUCGUCUUUCCCUUUGCCUACGGAUUUCGACAGGCGAUACUGGUGAAGGGUGACAAGAGCGAAUCAUCGAGAAGAGUGGUCAGGCAGUCGAGCAGCCAACGAUUGGCGAUUGUGAUCUUCGCCUUUGCUCCCGUAUUUGUUCUGCUUUCGCUUCGGGACGAAGUGCUUUUCUUUGGGUGCUACACUGUCACUCUGCUGGUGUGGGCAAAGAUGGAAGGCUCGCUACACGAGCAGCAAUUCGAAGGCAGAACUCAGCAGUCUGGCAGGGCAAGAAGGCUGCUGCAGCUGCGCGAGCUUCGAGUGAGCCUCUUCUACCUCUUCUUCCUUCACGUCGGGUUUUUCGGCACGGGCAAUGUGGCGUCGAUUUCGUCGUUCUAUCUCUCACCCGUCUAUCGGCUGGUCCCGAUCUUCAACCCAUUCCUCAUGGCGACACUGCUGCUGCUCAAGAUCCUCGUUCCCUUCCUCAUCCUCAACGCAGUCUUUUCGCUGUUGGCGACGACCCCUCCGCUUCCGUCCACCGCAACGACAUCCAAGAUGUCGAUCGAGCGAGGAUUCAAGCUGUGUGGAGAGACAGCUCCUGGAGGGCUGGGUCUCGAUUCGGCGCUGAGCUUGGUGUUCGGAGCGGGCAUCGCAGCAGACGUGCUCGCUCUCAAUUUCUUGUUCGCGGUCAAGAGCGAGGGGAGCUGGCUCGAGAUUGGGCAGACCAUCACACAUUUUGUCAUGGCCAACCUGUUGCAGAUCUUCAUGCUUGCUCUGGCAGCCGCGAGCUCAGCAAUUAUUGGUCACUCCUAA